UUUUGGCGAAUUUUCACUGAUUUCUGGGGGUUUUUUGUAUUCGUCGAUUUAUUUUGACGAUCGGUUGGAGUUCGAUCCCUUUUCGAGUAUCCCUUUCGUGAUUCCUUGGGAUUUCUCUUGCUGGAGGAGCUCACGGGGUCUUUGUUUCUGCAAAAUUCCGGCGAUUUCGUCCCAAUUCUGUUAAAUUAUGUUCGAACCGAUCUGUUGCCUAAGCAAUUCAUCUGGAAGAUUAGGCCAUGAUUUCGGUGUUACGUAUGUUUGUGGGGAUUUUUGAGUUAGAACACGAGUUUCUUGAGGCGCACGCAUCCCUGUGCAGGAAAUAUAGGAAGAUGCCUCAAUUAUUCAACUUAGUAUGUAUCCCUUAGAAUAUGGUUUAAUCUUAAGAUCGUGCCAAGUUGAAUAAAGGUUUAAGCAAUGGAACGUGAUGUGGUCAGAUUUCUUGGAUUUCAGUUUUGAAGACCAAUUGUUGAUUCAAUGGUGACUUUUGCUGGCAUGUGAGAGGCUUCUUAACAAAAUGACUCCAUGAGAUAUGAUGUUGCAGAAGAGGUUGGAUUAUGGGUUCAGUGGCUGCCAGGUUCCUGCAAUGCUAUACUUUCCAAAAUCAGCCAAGAGAAAGCGUUCAGCUAGAAGGAAGGUCGAGAACAAGCAGUUGUGUGCGAUUGAUUUGCUUGCUACAGUAGCAGGGGAACUGCUAUCAGAAAGGGAGAACUGUGCUCCCUCUCCACAAUGCAUUGAUGGAGCAUCGGGCACUACUAAUACGUCAAAGGCUUCAGUUAAACCGGACCACCUGUGCCAAAAAGAGCCACUCAAAACUGAACCUUUUGAUCAGCAUAGCUGUAACGAUACUGUUUUAGGCCCUGAAGUUGCUACUAAAAGACAGAUUUCUUGUGGCUCAACGGAACAUUUGCAUAUUUUGAGACCAAAAGAUUCAGGACCUGCUUCUCUCUUGGACAAGUAUGACAUAUUAGAUGCUAUUGCCCGGGAAUCGAAGACCUUAAAUAACAGGGUUGAUAUUAGUUAUUCUGCUGCUUAUGCUGUCGCUGGCAGAUGUGGCACUGAAACAAACCUUCCUGCUUCCCCAGAAGUUGAAGGAGAUGGCCUGACAGGAUUCCAGGAAUCUGAAAACCAAAUGCCCGGUAAUGGGUUAGAUAUCAAUGCUGUGGGUAUAUACGGCAUGGAGGAUUCGAUGGAUUUGGACACCAAGCCUCCUGCUUUAGUUAGCUCUGACAGCAGUACUGAAGUUCCAGUUUGCUGGAAUUAUCUUCCUAGUAAUAGUUCCUUGCCAAAGCAAGAAAGUGGCAUGGAACAUGUUGUAGAUAGAGAUGAUGACGAUAACUCUUCCGGGUGCACUCACCUUAGUACCAUUACUAAUAAGGCCUGCAGGCCACGGUGUAUAGGGAACCACCGAGUAAGGAAGCUUUCCACAUUGAAGUACUGGAGAGCAGCUCCAAAUAUAUUGAAGUACAGUCAUAUUUCUGAUUAUGAUACAGAAAAAAAGCGUAGUUUACAUGGCAAGAAAAUUUAUUAUACUCGCCAAAGAACGCAGAGGAGCUACUGCAAGAGAAGGAAGCUGUUUGAACGUUGCUUGGUGUCAGCAUCUAAUGGAGGAAUGUAUAGUGGGGAUAUUCCUAAUCUGUGUGAAAUGGGUGGCAUCGGCACAGAAGCACAUGAUCCACGCACAGCUGUUCUUGACACAUACGAUGCAUCACCCUCCCAAGCAGAGCAAAGUUCAUCUUACAACUCAGUGAAACUCCGGAUCAAGUCUUUUAUGGUGCCAGAACUUUUCAUUGAGAUUCCUGAAACUGCUACAGUUGGUUCUUUGAAGCAAACAGUAAUGGAGGCUGUGACUGCUUUUCUUCAAGGUGGAAUGAGUAUUGGUGUUCUUCUUCAAGGAAAGAAGGUUAGGGACGACAACAAGACUCUACGACAGACUGGGAUUUCUUGUAGUGAUAAACUGGAUAACUUAGGCUUUACAUUGGAGCCCAGCCUGACACAAACCCCACCACCACUUACAAGUUUAAGAGGUCCCCAUUUCCUGUGUCUUGAUGAUGCCGUUGAACCACUAGCAAGGAUUCCUCCUGGAGCCCUUUCUAUAGACCAGGAGGCCACUGAUUCCACUCCACAAGCUGUACUAACCUCAUCGCCAGUGAGUGAUCAUGAGCCAAUUCACUCCCCAACUGAUGCAUCAUCGCUUGAUCAAACACCAGCAGACAAACUAGCGCUGGUUGCUCUUCCACCAGUGAGCAUAGAGGCACUUGCUGUUGUUCCACUCCGCAAGCCAAGGCAUCCUGAGCAUGUUCAGCGACGAAUUAGGAGACCCUUCUCUGUUGCCGAAGUGGAAGCACUGGUCCAGGCAGUUGAAAAGCUCGGAACUGGAAGGUGGCGUGAUGUCAAACUUCGGGCCUUUGACAGCGCAAAGCACCGGACAUAUGUUGAUCUUAAGGAUAAGUGGAAGACGCUGGUGCACACGGCCAGGAUUUCCCCCCAGCAGAGGAGGGGAGAGCCCGUCCCCCAGGAGCUCUUGGACCGCGUCCUCUCCGCCCAAGCCUUCUGGUCUCAGCAGCAGUCCAAGCUCCAUGCCAAGCCACCUGCAGCAGAGCCUUGCCUGCUCCUCUGACCCAAGAACAGCCAUAUCUUUGCUUCAAGAAAGAGGGGAAGAUCGGAUUUGAUCCAUGUAAAAAGUCACCAGGAAUAACCAAUUAGUAUGUGUAAUAAUAAUAAAAAUAUAUGUUAAUUCUCUCACACCAUUAUUUUGGGGGCGAGGAGUUUCUCUCCCCUCUAUGAUGAAGAGAAAGUGCUUUGUUUGGC